AUGUCCCCCCUCUACUUGGCUCCCUCUAUCCAAAUGCCUACACCUCCCCCUCCAGCUCCAAUUACAGCUGCCACCCCUCAAUUUGCGGCUGUCAAAGUAGAUCAUCUGGAUCCCUACAAAGGGAAGCUAAACCAGAGGAUGUUUCCCAUGCAGAUGGAAACCCUCUCCUUCCUGCUAAUGAACAUGGACAAAGCUGCUGGUGUGUGGGCCCACCCACAUCUAGACCUCCUAGGGUCCCGCCGCACAAUCAUCCAGAACACAGAUGACUUCAAAAGGGAAUUCUUGGCAGCCUUUGGAGACCCAGAUGCCACAAGGGCAGCAGAGCAAAAAAUAACAUUGCUUACACAGACCAGCACAUGUGCCAAUUAUAUUACCAAAUUCUGCACCUUGGCUAUGGAACUAGAUUGGAACAAUGCAGCCCUCAGGGGUCAAUUUGCAUGA